ACCUUGUCUCUAACUUAGAAAAAGGAUAAAUGGUUAAUAUGUUGAAUAGUUCAUUAAAUUUAUCGCUCGAAGCAUUCGCAUAUCAAAAGAAACCAUCAGUGUUGGCAAUACACGAUUCAGACAAUGAUUUAGAUGUACAAUGUUUGGACGAUGAGAUACCAGGAAAUUGUCAGAAAAAACGAAAAGCAAGGAUUGAAAGCGAUGACAGUGAUGUCGAAGUAAGCUAUGUGAAACAUGCAUCAAAACGCAAACGUGUUUGUGUAAUUGACAGUGACAAUGAAGAUGGAAAUGGAGUAAAAGUAAACAAUGAUGAUCCUGUUGUUGUUGACAGUGAUGAUGGCGAUGCUGAUAAAGAUGGCAUAAACGACAUAACAGCAGACCAUAGUAUAUCACUGAAUGAAAGCCUUCUUGAAGAACAAAUUUUAGCAGAAAAUUACGCGCAGGUCAAUGAUUUUCUUGCAACUUGUUCGAUGGAGCAGUUAGCUGUUAUACCUAGUUGUUCGCGAAGCAAAGCUGAAAAGAUUUUGUCCAUGCGGCCAUUCGAAAGUUAUGAGCAAAUGAUGGAGAAUAUCAACCAAAUAAAGAAUUUUAAUAGUAAAAAAUUCAUUGAUGGAUGCUUGGAUUAUUUGAAUGAAAGAUUAAAGUUCGAAGAAUUGAUGUCGAAAUGUGAAGAACUUUCGAAAACUAUUCAAAAGGAGAUAUUGUUACUAAAUGAACAUGUUGAUCAACUUCCUGUACAACAACCAUUUUGUGUCAAUGGCAGUUUGAGUUUAAAGAACUACCAAAUAGUCGGGUUAAACUGGCUUGCUUUGUUACAUCAAAAAAACUUAAAUGGAAUUCUUGCGGAUCAAAUGGGACUGGGGAAGACAAUACAAGCUUUAACGUUUAUAGGAUACUUGCUAGAAAAUGGACAUCAUGGUCCUCAUGUUAUUGUAUGUCCAUGUUCUACUUUAGAUAAUUGGAUCAGGGAAUUUCAAACAUGGCUUCCGGAAGUGUCAUUUGUACAAUAUAGUGGGAGUCAAUCAGAACGACGUUAUUUAAGAAGAGAUAUAUUAGAGGGAGAAGAACAAGCUGACGUCAUCAUCUCCACUUUCAACAUAGUUUUGAGCACCAAAGAAGAUCGCGGAUUCUUCAGAAGGUUGAAUAUACAAUACCUUGUGUUGGAUGAAGCACAUAUGAUUAAAAAUAUGAAAAGUGAACGUUACAAGCAUUUACUGAGACUGCAGGCCAGUCGAAAACUUCUGCUUACUGGAACUCCUCUACAAAAUGACGUCAUGGAACUCAUAGCUUUGCUAGUUUUCUUAAUGCCAGAAAUGUUUGAUAGUUAUCACGAACGUAUUAAGAUGUUGUUUAGCAGACAAAACAUGACUGAUGGUGAGACAACCUAUGAGAAAGAAUUGCUACCGAAAGUGAAAAAAAUAUUGGAACCAUUUUUUCUACGACGUUUGAAAAAAGAUGUGCUACACGACAUGCCAAGUAAAAAUGAAAAAAUAGCAUUAUGCGAACUUAACGAUAUACAAAUGCAACUUUAUAAGUCUUAUAUAACUGAAUACAAAAUUCAAAAUGGUCUCAAGAAUGGAGGUGCUGGCAUGGCCUUACUCACGAAGCUUCGUAAAGUGACAAACCAUCCUCUUUUGGUUCGUCAUAAAUACACUGAUGAACAACUUUUAGUCAUGGCUCAAAACUACGUAAAGUCUCCGUUUCAUUUCGAUUCUGAUGUUGAUUGUGUUUACGAAGAUAUGACUGUAAUGUCUGACUUUGAACUACACAAGCUCUGCGAAGAAGAGAGCGUUUUAAAACAGUAUAAACUCUCCGAGGAAGAUAUAUGUGAGUGUGGUAAAUUGAAAUGGCUUGAUGGAAAAUUGUCGAAACUAAAGAAACGCGGAGAUCGAGUGCUUUUAUUUAGUCAAUUUGUGAUUGUGUUGGAUAUCCUGGAAGAGUAUCUUAAAAUUAAAAAGUACAGAUAUCUUCGUAUUGAUGGAGGGACGAAAGGAAGUUCAAGACAACAAUUGAUUGAUGAGUACAACACUAACGAAGACAUAUUUAUUUUUCUUUUAUCAACAAGAGCUGGUGGUUUGGGAAUAAACUUGACGUCAGCGAACACAGUUAUUUUUCACGACAUCGAUUAUAAUCCAUACAACGACAAACAAGCAGAAGAUAGGUGUCAUCGAGUCGGACAGACGAGAGAAGUGACAGUGUACAAGUGUAUUGGUAAAGACACGAUUGAAGAAAAUAUUUUAAAAUGUGGUGAAAAGAAACUUAGGCUGGAGAAAGAAGUUGUCGGUGGAAACGAACACGUUACGGAAAGUGACGCCAGGAAUACAGUUUUAACCAUCCUUAAUGAAAGUUUGUAAAAUACUUAUUUAGUUUUAUCUUUUUAGUAUUUCUUAUUUAUGUAAUAUUGAUAGGAAUCUUUGAAUUGGUAUUAUGUUUCAAUGCGAAUACAUAAAAUAAGCGAAAUGAACACACAAUUUUAAUAUCAAUCAACAAUCACAAUUUUAAUAUCAAAAACGCAGCACCCUUCUCUUCUAAUAUUUUCUUCAAUAAUUACGCAUUGUUCUAGAUUUUUGUGUUGCUG